UAUGCGCGCGAAACUUCGACACGCCUAGUCUGUCAUGGUCACGUCCAUCAAACACCAGACGGGCAGGGUCCGACCAGAAUAGUUCAGUGGCACUGUCGUGUCCUGCUGGAAACUGCCACAAGAGCUUCCGACUGAGGCUAAGGAAACGCUGACAAGAUGGCUGAUAUCGUCACUAACCCUGAGAUUCCAUAUGGUGGAUGUAUUCCUGCUGGAAUUUGUCCGUCCAAGACCAUUUUCAUACAAGGAUAUGUGCCACAACAAAGUGAAAGAUUCCACAUAAACCUCCAGUGUGGUCUUGAAAGCCAGCCACGGUCGGACAUUGCGCUCCACUUCAAUCCACGUUUCGUUUUCAAGAAACAGAGUGCAGAGUACGUGGUUUGUAAUGCUCUGAAGUCCCAGCAGUGGGGACCCGAGGAACGUGGAGGUACUUUCCCGUUUGUGAGGGGACAAAACUUUGAGAUCAUGAUACUGUGUGACGAAAACGAAUACAAGGUCGCAGUGAAUGGUGCUCACUUUUUGACCUUCAGACAUCGGAUCACUCAUCUUGAGAGAGUAACCUGCGUUCACAUUGAUGGAGAAGUGAAGAUCUUCAACAUCCGUUUCGAUCCACCAUCAGUGGUGAUCCCACCACCAGCUGCCCUUACGGAGCAUGAGAUGACAGUCAGGAAUCCGCCUACUCCGUAUGUUGGGGCGUUGAGUGGCAGUCUGCAAAAUGGCGCCAUGAUCAAAGUGAAGUUGACGGUCAAACAAAACCCCAAAAGGUUUGACAUCAACUUGCAGAGUUCCAUGCGAGAGGACCCAAGACCUAACAUCGCGUUCCACUUUAAUCCACGUUUCAAUGACUCCACCAUCCGUCGUAACUCACUAAGAGAUGGACGCUGGGAUCAUGGCGAAGAGAUUGCUGCACCCUUCUUCCCGUUCGUAGCUGGAGGCACCUUUGAGAUAACCAUACUGUGCAUGAAGAAAUGCUACAAGGUAUUGGUAGACGGGAACCAAGUGGCGGAAUACAACCAUCGUCAAGGCCUGCACACUGUCAAUGCUUUGGCAGUGCAGGGAGAUGUUAGCAUCCAAGAAAUCUCCAUGAUGCAAUGUUCACGGCGAAUGCCAUACGUACUUCCGACUGCAGUUGAGGUAGGAAACGCUGACAAGAUGGCAGAUAUCAUCAAUAAUCCUGUGAUUCCCUAUGAUGGAAACAUUCCUGCUGGACUUUUCCCGUCCAAGACUAUUUUCAUACAAGGAUAUGUGCCACCACAAAGUGAACAAUUCCACAUAAACCUCCAGUGUGGUGUUCAGAGCCAGCCACGGUCGGACAUUGCGCUCCAUUUCAAUCCACGUUUCGUUUUCAAGCAACAGAACGCCCAGUAUGUGGUGUUAAACGCUCUGAAGUCCCAGCAGUGGGGACCCGAGGAACGUGGAGGGACUUUCCCGUUUGUGAGGGGACAAAACUUUGAGGUCAUUAUACUGUGUGAGGUGAACGAAUAUAAGGUUGCAGUGAAUGGUGUUCACUUUGCCUCCUUCAGACAUCGUAUCCCUGAUCUUCAGAGAGUGAGCUUCAUUUCAAUUGGUGGAGGAGUGAAGAUCUAUAACAUCCGUUUCGAUCCACCCUCAGUGGUGAUCCCACCAGCGGCUGCAUAUCCUCCAGCUGCCCUUACGAACGAGAUGACAGUCAUGAAUCCGCCUACCCCGUAUGUUGGGGCGUUGAGUGGCAGUCUGCAAAAUGGCGCCAUGAUCAAAGUGAAGUUGACGGUCAAACCAAACCCAAACAGGUUCGACAUCAACUUGCAGAGUUCCAUGCAACAGAACCCGAGACCUAACAUCGCGUUCCACUUCAAUCCGCGCUUCAAUGAUGCCACCAUCCGUCGUAACUCACUGAAAGGUGGACGCUGGGAUCAUGGCGAAGAGAAGGAUGCACCCUUCUUCCCGUUCUUAUCUGGAGGCACCUUUGAGAUAACCAUACUGUGCAUGAAUAAAUGCUACGUCGUCCUGGUAGAUGGAAACAAAAUGGUGGAAUACAACCAUCGUCAAGGCGUGAACACUGUCAAUGCUUUGGCAGUGCAGGGGGACGUUAUCGUACGUGAAAUCACCAUGCAAUAAGAACUGCUAGCCUACACAUCUGACGUCACACUUCGAGACUCUGAAUAUAACGUCAGAGAGUGGCCUCAUAGCUUGGGCCAAUCUCCGUCCAUAUGCACCUUUCACCCCGUUCAUUUCACACACGGUCGAAUCCUAUCAACAUUACAACAUUUUAUGAAAGCAUACAUGUACAUGUACAUGUGUAUGUACGUUAUGUACAUAAUAUACAAUUGGACGCUGCACGCAGACGACCGAAAUGAAGUUGUGUUUUGAUUGGUCCAAGGUGAAGUUUGUCAGCUGCACUUACAUCACCUCGGACCAUACAACAUACAAAUAUAUAAAGCAACGUCACACGUCCAUGACAUGAUUGUAUCCAAUGAAAUCACUGGUUCUGAAAAGCAGGUACAUGUACAUCCCUUUGGAUAAAGACUCGGGCCCAGUCCCCGAUGCAAGAGCCCACCAUGCCCUCCACGAAGGCUAAUUGGUUGACAACACGAAGUGUUGUAAUUUUCUUCACAGUACUGUAAUCCUUUUCUCUAAUUAUUUAGAUACUAUAUUUUAUUGUAGCGUUGCCAUUUUGAAAGAAAGGCUAACCGAGCAAAAAAACAAACGGUUUUCAGUUCAAUGUGACAACUAUACCUUGACGUACGACAUUACACAAAAACUGGAGAGAAACUUUAAACAAAAAUUGAGAUUAUGCCUUUCAGAAAAAAAAACAUUUUCCGGUGAUUUUAGCAUUUGCGACUAAAUGAUUUUAACGCAUCUUUUUUAAUUUAAAUAGUUCAAAGAGUGUUUGUGUGUAUUAAUUUUAACUUUUGUUUUUACCCACACAUUGUCUGUGAGUUUUGUUUUUUUAAAGUAAUUUUAGUAUUUCGUUUAGAAUAUAACCCUUGUGUCAGUUAUUGACUAUCAAGAUUUAUUGGAGUUUCUUUUUUUGGAAGGGCGCAGGGUUGUGUUUAGGCCUAUACUUUCUUUUCUUUUUCAAAAUUGAGCUUCGCAAAAUUACAUUAUAGAAAAUAAAGCAAUAUGCAGUGAGCAUUGAGAAUUCCGUAUUAUUAAAAAAAAAAGAGUGUAGAUUCGUUGAUAGGGGCCUACUAGCCGAAGGCAGGUAUAUUGUAGUGACAAAUAUACAUCUUAGAGUAGAUUUUUUUACUUUAACCAUUUGUGACCCGCUCUGAAAACGAGUCAGAUGUAGGAAAUUUUAGAAAUUGAUUUAUAUGCAUGGCUGGAAAGAACACAUCAGCAGCAGUAAUUUGGUAUGUGUCUAAGCUUUGGGCUGUAUCGCGUUGC